AUGCGCCAAUCACUCUUCUUGGGCGUCACUGCCUUCUUCACAUCAGGGGUUUUCGCUGGCGACAAAGACUGGCUCAGUCCAGAGUACAAGCAAAUCUUCCAAAAUCCCCUACCAUUCCCCCCUGAAAAGUCUCCUCGUUAUAGCUACACCAACAAGACCACUGGCAACACAAUCGACUACUAUGAGAUCGACGUCAAGCCCUUCGAGCAUCAGGUCUACCCUGGCUUGAAGCCUGCCCGAUUGGUCGGCUACGAUGGCGUGUCUCCUGGUCCCACAAUCCGCACACAGAAGGGACGAGAGACAGUCGUACGAUUUAUGAACAACGGUGAUAAGGAUCUCUCGGUUCAUCUUCACGGUUCUUACAGCCGAGCGCCUUUUGAUGGCUGGGCCGAGGACGUGACUAAACCAAAACAGUACAAAGACUAUUACUACCCCAAUCACCAGAGCGCUCGCACUCUGUGGUAUCACGACCAUGCUGUCCACCACACUGCCGAAAACGCUUAUUUCGGCCAAGCUGGCUUCUACAUUCUGGAGGACCCUGCCGAAGCUAAGCUGGGUCUACCCUCUGGCCCGAAGUACGAUCUUCCUCUCGCCCUAUCGGCGAAACAGUACAACCCAGAUGGAACUCUCUUUGACCCCGUUAACGAAAGAGACUCACUCUUUGGUGAUGUCAUCCACGUUAAUGGGCAGCCAUGGCCAUACCACAAAGUCGAGGCUCGCAAGUACCGUCUCCGCUUCCUCGAUGCAUCCAUCAGCCGGGCCUUCAAGCUCACAUUUGAAGCUGAUGGUAAGGCCAUUCCCUUCCACGUCAUCGCUGCCGAUACUGGUCUCUUGACCAAGCCUGUACAAACUAGCAAUUUGGAAAUAUCGAUGGCGGAACGCUGGGAAGUUGUAUUUGACUUCGGCCCGUAUGCUGGAAAGAACGUGACCCUCAAGAAUGGACGCGAUGUCCAGCACGACGAAGACUACGCAGCUACCGACAAGGUCAUGCAAUUUGUUGUUGGUACCGGUGCCCCGGAUACAACUAACAACGGCCCCCUCCCUGGUACUCUUCGCACUGUUCCCUUUCCCCCAAAGAAGAACGGUGUUGAUAGGACAUUCAAGUUUGGCAAGUCCGGUGGCGCCUGGACCGUCAAUGGUGUCACUUUCGCUGACGUUAACAACCGAAUCCUGGCUAAGCCUCAACGUGGUGCUAUCGAAGUUUGGGAGCUUGAGAACUCCAGUGGUGGCUGGUCCCACCCCGUACACAUCCACCUUGUCGACUUCCAGAUCUUGUCUCGCACUGGUGGCAAGCGUCCUGUGCUCAAUUAUGAGAAGGAAGCACUCAAGGACGUCGUUCUUCUUGGCGAGAACGAGAAGGUCACAGUGAUUGCACGCUACGCUCCUUACGACGGUGUCUACAUGUUUCACUGCCACAACCUCAUCCACGAGGAUCACGACAUGAUGGCUGCUUUCAACGUCACUAGCCUUUCUGACUGGGGCUACCCUGAGACCACCAAGUUCCUCGAUCCCAUGGAGGAAAAAUACCGCAGCAAGGCCAUAAGCGCAGAAGACAGUCAGGAGGCAUUCAUCAUGGAUAAGAUGUCAAAAUUCGAGGCAAUGGAGGCUUACAGCAAUGUUGAGAAGCUUGAGGAGGCACUUGAAGAUUACCGCAUCAACGGACCACCUAAGACUCUUUCCACUGUUGUUGUAUCAUCCACUUCAUCUACAGCCACUGCAGUACCCACAACUACUGGAAAAUCUGCACCGGCGGUGGCUGCUACCACCGCCCGUUCAUCUUCCACAAUCACCUCAGCCGCAAAGGUUGCAAGUUCUUCAAGUACGAGCACAAAAAAGUCUUCUUCGACGAAGGCGGCGACGAGCAGCACCAGAAGAAGAUAG